GCUACUUUUAUGAUCUCAAAUAUUAAUCGCACUGUCACCAUGUCCAAAACUCUAUAAAUGAGUAACGCUGGAGGAGUAUGUUCAGCAGCACAACUACGAUGGCAGCUCGGAGCUUCCUUUGUUGUAGUACACUUUUAUUUGCAAAUAUUCUUCUUAGUCCAAUUAGCUGCCACGCUCUGUUCAGCCCUGGAAAUGCAACACAUAAGGCCUUGUUUGUGUUCGGAGAUUCAUUGUUUGAUCCUGGCAACAACCAGUACCUUAAUGACUCCUCACAAGAGGGAGCUGGAGCGACCGUCUUCCCUUAUGGAGAAACCUAUUUUAAACGCCCCACCGGAAGACUUUGUGAUGGUCGCACAGUGCCUGAUUUAAUUGCCCAGUUUGCCAAUUUGCCCAUACUCCCACCGUACCUGCAACCUGGUGCUCAUCAAUUCACUGACGGGGCUAACUUUGCUUCUGCUGGAGCGGGUGUUCUUGAUAACACUCGUCCUGGAUCGAUAAAUCUGAGGUUGCAGCUAAGUUACUUUAAGGAUGUGGUGAAUACACUGAGAGAGAAACUGGGUGAAGAAGAAGCCAAAAGGGUGUUGAUUAAUGCUGUUUAUUUGUUCAGCAUUGGAGGCAAUGAUUACUUUGGCUUUUCUCAGAGAAAUCGCGAUGCUUCUGAGGAAUCCAAGGGCCAAUAUGUUAAAACAGUCAUUAACAACUUAACAUCUGUGCUUAAAGAGAUAUAUGAUUUAGGAGGAAGGAAAAUUGCAUUUCAAAAUGUAGGGCCAUUGGGCUGUGUACCAUUGAUGAAAGUAUUUGAUCCAUCAAUUGGAAGUGGUUGUGCUGAGGAACCUUUAUCACUUGCAAGGCAACACAACAGAUACCUGGCAAUUUUUCUUAAGCAACUAGAAACCCAGUUGCCAGGAUUCAUAUAUGCAAUAUUUGAUUACUAUAUUGCACUUGGCGACAGAGUUGCUGACCCAUCAAAAUUUGGAUUCAAAGAGGGGAAGGCUGCAUGCUGUGGUAGCGGGCCUUACAGGGGAAUAAAUUGUGGGAGAAGAGAAAAUGGGACGCAAAUGUUUGAGUUAUGCAGCAAUCCUGGAGAAUAUGUGUGGUUUGAUGGUGGACAUACCACAGAGAGAGCUAACACUCAGCUCGCUCAGCUGCUUUGGGGUGGAGAACCGCCAGUCACAGAGCCUCUCAAUAUGAAACAGCUAUUCACUCUUUGAUUAUAUUCUCUUUUGUAUUCUGGCUGGACCACAUUGCAUUUUUGAAGUAAGCAAAAACUUUAAUAAUCUUAGACCA